CGUCAGAGUCAAUUUGAAAUCAGUGACGAUGUAGGUAUGUAGUUAAUUUAUUUACACACAUAGCCAGAAGUCGAUCGUUAAAAUGAACUUGAUUUGCAACAAGAAGUGUUCGAUAUUCUGCUUAUUCAUCAGCAUCUGGGGCCUCAUUCAGCUGCUGGUGAUGGGCGUGUGCUGCUCCUUCAACGCCCUCGCCUUUGUCACCCACCUGCCGUUGGCGGAGAACUACGAUAAUCUGCAGGAAUUUCGCAGUGACUCCGAUCGUCUCUACAAGGAUGUUGCUCUACGCUUCUAUGCCACAGCCGCUUUAUACGGCGUGUUUGCCACGCUUUCGCUGCUCUGCAUACGUAUGAAGAAGCGGCAGAUGAUAAGGGAAAAGAAUGCAGAGAUUCGUCGCAGUCAUCUUGUUUGAAAAUUACUAUUUCAAUUUAUACUGCGCUGUAUAUAAAUACGCGAUUAGUCGCAUAUUGCAUAAAUAAUACUAACUA